UGGUCACUGCCCUCAGUCUCCAUCCCUCUGGCUCCCCGCCAACUUCCUCCUUCAGCCAGGGCAGGGUCCUGGGCGCCAACCAGCUCCUUCGCGGUCCUCACAGCUCUCCCUGCCACACACUCGCUCAGGGGCCCUGAGGAGAGCAGCCUGUUAUCCAAGGACAUGGGGACGGCAGACGAUGGUGAGGUGGCUCCCGAGGCCCUGCAACCCACCCACAUCAGUGUGCACGUCCACCAGGAGUCGGCUCUGGCCAAGCUCCUGUUGGCAGGAUGCUCUCUGCUGCGGCUCCCAGCCCUCCCCGGAGGCACAGCCCCCCAGACCCUCAGCAACAGCCGGCUGCUGGUGGCCUCCUGGGUGGUGCAGCUGGUGCUAGGUGUCCUGAGUGGCAUCCUGGGGGGAUUCCUCUAUAUCUACAGGCCCACCAGAUUCUGCUACUUGGGAGCUGCCAUCUGGACCGGGGCUGUGGCCGUGCUGGCUGGAGUUGCUGGAUUUCUUUACGAGAAACGGGGUGGAAUUUGCUGGGCCCUGCUGAGGACCCUUCUCAUACUGGCAUCUUUCUGCACCGCCAUUGCAGCCAUCGUAAUUGGGGCUAGUUCCUUCCAUGAAUACCACUACUUUGCAGAUGAAGAUGACUGUAAAAUCUACUCAGAAAAUUGGCCCACUAAAUCCCCCAUCACCCCAAGUCCCAAAGAAGUCAGAAGGCUAAACCUGUGCAUCUCCCAGGUGAACAUGCUGAGGGCCCUGGUCAUAAGCCUCCAGGCCAUGCUCAUGGGUGUCUGGGUUCUGUUGCUUCUGGCAUCUCUGGCCCCGCUGUGCCUGUACUGCUGGAGAAGAUUCCCCCCGAAGAAGAAAUCCUGUUUUCAAUCAAGUGUCUCCAGCCCAAGAGCCCAGGAAGCCAGGGAAGUUCAUAGCUAUGUCAGCCCUUUGGUGCUUUUUGAAUCAGAAAAGACAAGAGAGGAAACUACUGGGAGCAAAUGGGAUCUAGCCCUGAGCACUCAUUCCUUCGGAAGGAGAAGGUGCUCCUUCUGCUCUACCUGUCCCCGUAUCUGACUCUUGGAAGAACCAGCAAACUGGAGGGAAGAGACUCCCAUAACCUCACAACCAUGGGGGUCAUGCUCGUCCCACGACCAUGGCCGUGCCCUGCUCCACCGACCUUCAAACAGCUCUCCACUCUCCACUGCUCACUUCGUCAUCCUGCACCCCUCCCUGUCCCCUCCUUUGCAGUAAUUUGAAAAUAAAUUGCUCCUGGAUUCUUA